CCGAUUUAUCCGCGUCCGAGAUGUCUGUAUGUGUCCCAGUCAUGGCGCUGCUAUGAGAAGACAAGCGUAAACAUAGGGACGUUGAAGUAUUUUAGCUGAGGAAAAGGGAGAAAGCACGAGAUUAUCGAAUGGGAAUGCGUGCUUUCGCCGAGACCGGGGUCGAAGUGCAGGCUACUUCUAGCAUGUUAUUAUAUUGAGGAAAAAAACGAGAGGAUUGGUGCGCUACGUAGUAGUUGUUGUAAAGUUACGUUUGUGGACGGUGUGUUUUAUUAUAACGGCGCGUUUUGGAGAGACUAAGGAGGACGGUGCAAUGUGGAGUUUCGAAGUAGGGAACCUGACAUCGUGGGAUUGAUCUGGUUGAACUGAUUUAAUUAUCUUGCCAGUUUGAACUCUGAUGUAACUCGGCGACCAUGCCUGGGAAAACCAAGUACAAUUUAGUCGAUGAUGAUCACGAUUUAAGGAUUCCUAUGCACAACGAGGAAGCUUUUCAACAUGGGGUCAAUUUCGAAGCUAAGUACAUUGGUAGUCUGGAUGUGGCGCGACCGAAUAGCCGAGUUGAGAUUGUGGCUGCAAUGAGGAGGAUAAGGUAUGAAUUCAAAGUGAAGAACAUCAAGAAGAAGAAAGUCAACAUAAUUGUCUCUGUGGAUGGCGUCAAGGUGGCCAUGCGGAAGAGGAAAAAAAAAAAGGAGUGGACUUGGGACGAGAGUAAAAUGAUGGUGAUGCAGGACCCUAUUUACAGGAUAUUCUACGUUUCGCACGACUCCCAGGAUUUGAAAAUCUUCAGUUAUAUAGCGAGAGAUGGGCAGAGCAACGUAUUCCGCUGCAAUGUCUUCAAAUCGAAAAAGAAGAGCCAGGCCAUGCGGAUUGUACGGACAGUGGGCCAGGCGUUCGAGGUGUGUCAUAAACUGAGCCUUCAGCAUACUCAGCAGAAUGCUGAUGGACAGGAGGACGAAGACAGCCAGAAGGCCAGCAGCAACUCUACACCAGCUCGGCAGUUAACAGGUGCAGAGAAAAAGGCGGCCGAGGAGACUGAUAUUGAUGCAGAGGAAGCGCCUCUGUCAGACAGUAUGGUGGAUGAGUGCAACCGGGGAGUCACUGACCUGGACGCAGCCAAAGAGGAGGAGGAGGAGGAGGAUAUUGACAAAGACGGGAAGGUUUCGGGUGGUGUUAUCCUGGUGGGGUCCCCCAAAAUGCUCCUACCUUCCUCCAGCCAGCUGCUCACGGGCACCCCGCUGUCCCUCCACCACCAGAUCCAGCUCCUCCAGCAGCAACUUCAGCAGCAGCAACAGCAGACGCAGGUGGCCGUAGCCCAGGUUCAGCUGUUGAAAGACCAGCUCUCGGCAGAGGCGGCAGCGCGGUUGGAGGCUCAGGCUCGGGUCCACCAGCUCCUCCUGCAAAAUAAGGACCUCCUGCAGCACAUCUCCCUCCUGGUCAAACAGGUCCAGGACCUAGAGCUCAAGCUCUGUGGACACAGCUCCAUGGGUUCCCAAGACAGCCUGCUUGAGAUCACGUUUCGUGCCAACGUACCGCCAGUGCUGUGUGACCCCAACACUCCUCAUCCGGAGGACACCGGACUGCCACCCUUUUCCAACGGGACCCAGCUCCACCUGCCUCUGGGCAGCCCGAUAGAUGACCAAAGCGUGUUCGAGAAUUCCAUCGCCGCCCGACCAGCAAAGCUUCAGAACGGCGCCUCAUCCCCGCACCAGCAGGCUGGCGCGCCUGUCCCUGCAGGCGGGGUGGCAGAUGGCGGCACCGGCCUUAAAACGGGGGGCAGCCAGCAUCUGAAGAACGCCCUCAAUCUAGGGAAGGUCAUGGGCGCCAAGGUGAACGACCUGCUCCGCCGCAGAGACACAGGGAACCUGGGCGUCGUCGGGGUGACGGAGGUGAACAGGAGCGCGGAGGCCGUGUGGUCCUGCAUCGAGAGCGGCACCCAGGGCAUUGUGGGAAACAGUCAUGUGACAAUGGACUCCUUCCCCCGCCUGGACCCGCCCCCUUCCACCAGUAAGAAACGCCUCCCUCGUGCUCUGACUACCACCCAGGACAUGAUGAUCUCUUCCUCGCCUGUGGUGGCCACACCCUGCGUCUCUGAGUCCUCCUAUAUGGCAUCGCCUAAAAAAAUGCCCCUCAUCCGGAGGGCAGGGUCCACUGAACAGCUGGAGAAUGACGGAGAGGAGGCGGGGGAGGGACCAGAGAAAGAUCCUGCACUUUUUGCUAUGGAUUGCAAGGUUACAGCAGAAGAUGGACCUCCCUCCAAUGACACAUCUCUUAGCCUAGAGGGACCAGGGGAGCAGAAGGUGGAAGAGGAGGAAGAGGAUGACCUAUCCCAGCUCCUGCUCUCAGUGCCAGACCUUAUCCACAAGGACAUACUGGACCCAAAGCAAAAUCCUGGAAGCCCAGAGUCAUGGGGAGCCUCCAUACCCCACCCAGAGAAUGCAGGCUUCUGCAUCACCCUGAAUGAUGACAAUUUCCUGGGGGAUGGGUCCCUGGACUCAGGGGUGUCCAGAUUGACGCCUCUCAGUGCUGACAAGGAGGACCCUCACCCAGACCUGCUGUCCUUCGAGUAGAGUAACUGCCGUGGCUGGUAGAACUGGGAGAGAAUUUCAUGUAUCCAUGUCCUCACAUGACUUUCUGCUUCCUGUUUGACCUCCUUUUUAUGACUUCCUCUUUAUUAGCUGCUGUUUAUGACUUCCUGCUUCACUUCCUGUUUAUGAUUUCCUGCUUUAUUUGCUGUUCCUGACUUCCUGUAAGCUCUGCAGUGGUAGAGUAGAGUGAGGGGGUUGCCUUAAAUGGAGUUACUGUAACUCGAUAACACCAGUUUGCCUUGAUAAAAACGAUUGCACUCGUUAGAUUCCACUUCUGCAAAAUGGAGUGGGGAUGCUAUAGACAGACCAAAGUCACUUUUAUCAAAGCUCAAAGGAAAGUACAAAUUCCUUGAUCUACUGUAACACCUAAAACCAUUGUGUCCAGAAAAGUAGUGUCCAUGUGUUCAGUGGCCUUUUUUUGAGUGAAGAAUUUAAGAUUGUGAAUCGUGUUCAAAAAAUGUGGUGCCUGAAACUUCUUUUCUGUAAUAAUCCGAUUUUUAUCCUAGGGUAUUAACUAAAAUAAUGCAAACCCAUAUAAAAACAUAACAUGAAAUAUACCUUCUUUGAGCACGAAGCAGCAGUGAAAAACGUAAAUCUCUGUAUUCAAUAAUAAUUAAGUUUUCAUGUGAAUCUGGAUAAAACCUCAAAUCUGUACCCCAUGUCGUCCGUUAACAUAAUUCUCUGACCGACAGGAACGGAUUACAGAGCCUGUACUAUUUUAGGAAGCAUUUGUUUUCACCUGGGUAUUUUUAUUAUUUGUUCCUUUCGUCACUGCCCGGUGCUGCUUAUUCAUGCGGUAAGACCGCCGAUUGUUAAGACGUUUGUUUGUUUCACGGCUCCAUCGACAGUCAUUACACCUAAUCCCUAUCAGCCCCUUCCAGGGACAAAGCCUUUUCUUAAAAACCGCUGCCACGCCAGGGCUCCUCCUAUGGUUUUUUUGUUCUUUUUCUUUUUCCAUUUACCAGUGUUAUAACCCAAUGGACAGAGACAGCAGGGGUGCAUUGUCAGACUGAAUACAGGGAAAGGCUUAGUUCAGGCCUGCGUAAUAGAAAUGCACAGAGUAAAGGGGUUCCUUCCAGUCCUGGGCUGCUGGCUUGGAAAAAUAACAAUGUUGUUUUUCACAUCUCAUUGAAAUUACAAGGUCAGCUGUAAGAGAAAUUAUUAUUUUGCUUAGCCCGAGAACUGCAGGAAGUGUUGCAUCACUUUGAUAAUGGAUGAACCUAUCCCCUUAAAAUUUUUAAAGGGUAAAGCUACGUAGUGGUGUGUAUUUGCUGUUUUAUAGGAUGGUUGCUUGUUGAAAAUAGAUCCGUGGCAGUUUCUACAGAUUUUUUUCCACUGAAAGGAACUGCAUUUAUAUGGCGUUUAUAUGGAUGUGAACCACAGAACUGUAUAAGAACGACAGAAGUUAACCGUAAGUGUGAAAUUGUAUUGGUUGUCAAGGAUGUUGUUGGAAAGGUGAGCACAGGAAUGUACCCGGAUGUGCCGUGAUGUAGCCGUGAAUGGCAAAUCAUGGCUGUUUUUUUGAACACCCUUAAAAGAAAAAUCUGAAUCGUACCAACAAAUUUUUUCAAAAAUUCUUGUGGCCGUUCGUGGCCCCUCUGUUUCUCGGAGCCCGUUUUAUUUGAAACUGUUGAAACUGCCGCAGCGCGCCUCUGCAUGCAGAUGUUACAUGGGGCUGUCAGUCUUGCCUUUGCAUCACAGGUGCAGGCAGCUGUGAAACAGAGCUGGGGGAAUGUUUUACAUGCGGCUCAUACAGCCGAUGGUAAAACGGAAGCAAAGCAAACAGAAGGCGGUUUACCUUUUGAAUUCUGAGCUCUGCCUCCUUAGCUGGAAGUCCCAGCCUCCACCAGUUCUCCUCCAAUAACCAGUAAUGACACUGUGACUCUGAUAAGGAAGUGGUGUCCGUCGCUCCGAUCACAUUGAAGUUUGCUGUUUGUGAGUUUGAAAGCUUGGACUUUACAAGGUAAAUCAGUACCUUGGCGUUGCACUUAGACACAAAUUUUAUGCAUGACCAAACCUUAAUAUAGCACACAGAAUGGUGCGUAUUCCCUUCCCCAGUGUUCCAUAAUGAUAUUAACAAAGUAACAUUUGAGUCACAUACAGAGCGCAGUCCAAUCCUUAGGUGUAGUUGUAGUUAUUGCUGCCUGGAGGUAGUAAUAUUGGCUUGUUUGCAUGUGUCAUUGCUGUAGAUGAUAAGAAAAAAACCCUAAAGGAUGUAAAGAAGCAAGACAAUUAUGUUUGCUCGGGUUUGAAAUACUCAUGCUUAAUGAUGAGAUUCAGAUGUGGUCAGAUUCUGUUUGUCAAGAUGGUCGCUUAUGUGAUACUGCUGGCAUCCGGGCCGGCCAGAGGACAGAGCUCUGUGGAACAAAUGUAAUAGUCACUCUGUCAUCAGCUUGCAAUUAGUCUUUUCCUGGAAAAUUCUUGGAAUGCGGUUACUGAACAGCACUGGCCAGGUAAUGAAGCAACUUCUGACUACACUGAGCUGUAGGACCCCCUCCACUCCUUUUGUGUUUGUGUGUGUUUGUAUCAAGCUUGUAUUUCUUUGUUCAAAAGGACAUAUGCUAAGAAAUGGACAAAGCAUGACAUGACAGAAUAACUUUUAGAGUAGUCUUUUAACCCACUGUUUGUUAUAAUAAUUUUCAUGUCAAUUGUAUCGUCUGAUUUCAGAAUUUUCUGAAAAACUGACUGAUUUAGUAAUGCAUUUUAGUAUGUUUGGAUAGAAACGGUUGUUUUCUAAGAAAAAAAAACUAUUUAUGCAGUUUAUAUAUUUCAUAUGAUGACAGGUGCAUCUUCAAGUAUAUGGUAACUAUUCAUUUAAAGUGUCAUAUUUUGAAAUCAGUAUUUAAAAAGUUGGAUACAAUAAUCCAAAUAAGCUUUGCAAUGAUAUAUAAAUUCUAUGCAGAUAACUAGACACAUAGGGGUUCUUUAAAUAUCAAAAGAUCUGUGAUCUAGUGAUUUACUGAUACCAAUCUAAUACAGAAGUGACAUGUUUUUCCCCUUAUGUAAUGAGAUAUAUUUUAGAGCACAUUUUAGGUUUUUGAAAAAUAUGGGUUUUUUUUGUUUUGUGGUUUGUAUUUUGGCCAGAAAGUGAGAUAAACAUGAAAUUGCUGUAUGUUUACUAUUGAAUAUAUUUACAUGUAAGGGCGAGUGAAGGAUUUACAUUUGGUCAGUGUUUAGUAGCAGUAGCAGUGUUCAUAUUGCCAGUAGUAUUUGUUUGCCUAAUUGUAUCCCUCCAUGAUCUUUAGGUUUGACCUGUAGACCGCAAAAAAAUUAAGCAUCUUAAGCAACACAAAUGGAGAAAGAAGGUCACUAAAAUACUAAGCCUUAACCCUUAAAUGCUAAUAGUUCAAUACUAUGGUUGAUUAAAAACAUUGUUUAAUAAGUGAUAUAUAUAUAAAUAAAGUAAAUUAAUGUAACUCAUCACCAUCUCUAUGCACCAGUAAUGCAGUCCUGACUGAAGCCAUGUUCACAUAAGCAUAAUUGGCCAUACUGUCUUUUUAUGCCUUAAACAUUGAGACAUGACUACUGUUGUAAACGUUAUACUUACCUUUGUAUCUGGUAAUUUUUAUAUUUUGGUCUGUGCUGAAAUAGCUGAAAUUUUGUCUGGGCCAACUAAGCUAAAACUGUUGCCCAUGCCCAGUUUAUUGUGAGAACUGGUCCGAAACAUUUUGGUUAAAAUGGUUAAUGGAGGGAACAAAAUCUAAAAACGUAGUAUUUUUAGUUGUUUUUGUUUAAUCCUAGAUUAUUUUGUUUUUCUAGAUAUGAUUGUCAUUUUUGCAAAGCCUGUUUCAGAAUAAGAUGUUUCUCAGAUAAAAAGUUCCUUGCAGAACAAAAGUUGGCCAAAAGUGUUAACUAAAACAAUCGUUUUUUUACCUGCAAUUCAAUAUAUCUUAUGACAAAUAUAUCCUGUGAAACACUGAACAGAUUUGUCAUUUUCCUCUUGGAUCACUGCCCCUGUGGUGCCUGGUUCAUGAUUGAUUGGAAUUUACUGCUUUUUUUCCUCUCUCUUUUUUUUACUUUUUUUUUUUUUUUUUUGCAUAGGGCUGUACUGAUGUUUCUAAUGUACUGUCUAAAAGUGAAACAUAUGUGUCUUAUGUGUGUUAUUCCAAUUUAUAUCACACAUUAGUGCACCUGCAGAUUUUUUGAAAGUGCAGGUCUCUUUUAUUGAAAAUGAGUGUGCAUAUAGAUUUUUGGCUGGACCGCAACAGCGGGGCCAGCCCUACAAAUGCAAAUGUCUGUGACUGAGUGAUGAAGUUACCCCAUUGGUCAGCCGAGUUAUGAAGUUACACCAUUGGUCGGCCGGUCCAGCCAUAUACUAGGUUUUGACCUGGUCUUGUUUUUUUAUUUAACUAAAUGCAGUUUUUUUUUUUUUACAUUUGCUAGAUGAGAGAAAUUGCAACUGUUGCAACAUGACCUCGUAAAGUCACACAAUAAAUCUGUGUUUCCAUUUGCUUGAGAAUAAAAUUACAGAAAACGUUUA